AGUUACACUCACUACCUUACUAAACUCCAUGGCCGAAGGAGAAGAAGGACAAGAAGAAGUAAAAGAGAAAGGAAGAGCUUCAAUUCAAUUCCAGAGGCAAUUCCAUCAAAUACCAUGAUACCCUUUAAAGAGGAAAAAGACGCCAAGAAAGAAGCUUUCAGGAAGUAUUUAGAGUCCAGUGGCGUUGUUGAUGCUCUCACCAAAGUUCUGGUUUCUUUAUAUGAGCAACACGAGAAGCCUUCCUCUGCCCUCGAGUUUAUUCAACAAAAACUAGGGGGACCAUCUGCCUCUGAUUAUGAAAAGUUACAAGCUGAGAUGUCAGAUUUACAAAAUAAGUACAACCAGCUUUUGGCUACACAUCAAGAAACCUGCAAAGAGUUAGAAGAAGUUAAGAGUUCGUGCGAUGUAGAACCUUCGUCGACCAAGGAGACUUCUGAUGGGGAAGCUCAGAAAGAGAGGCUUUGAAGCACUGACGACGACGAUGAACGGGUGAUCCCCGAGGCUUUCGGCUUGUGCAUGUUCAAGUUUGUAUGCCCAGAUUCUUCAACUUAAUUUGUUUUGAACGUCUGAAAUCUAAUGGGCUGUGAAGCAAAGAUAGUGAAAUAAAAGGGAUGAUUAUGGAUAAGAGUUUAAGGAAACCAUUAUUUAUGUAAGGGAAUUGAAAAACGAAAGAACACAGUGCAUGUUAAGGAGAACAGAAGAGAGAACUAAUUGGGGUUCCAUGUUUGAAAAUAAACUGUUCCCUCCUUUUCUGUUUUUUUUUUGACAAAAAAGAAUUGCUAUGUUUUAAUAUCUAUAUUUUGGAUUCUUUA